AUAGCCUCGGCCCAACGGUAUCACUCGGCCAAUGCACCCACCAUCCGCCGGACGGCACCAACUGCAACUCAUCAAUCUUCCCCAACCUGAUUCCAGUCGCGAAGCGGAAUGCGACGAAUGCCCGGACCCUUGACAAAGUGCCUAGGCUCGCAAACCAGUGCCCCACACGAAAAGGGCCGACCUGUCCCCGCCGAUCUCCCGCGGCUCUAAGUAGAGCUGCCCUGGACUUCGUGCGAAUCCCGUCUUUCGUCCGCUUGCCCUGUGAUCGCGAGACGCACGCCGUUCAUUUUCCUCCCUCUUCCCCUCUCUCACUUUCGCAGCGCAUUGUUCUCCAUUCUCUACUCUCGACAAAGUUGGGAUGUUCUCCGCCAUCGUAAGGAAAGAGGCCCGGUCUCCCGCUCUCAGAACGCUCCUCUCCAGGACCACCGCCACGAGGAUAACAGCCAUGGCGCCAGUAAGCAGAAGGAAUAACAGCUCCCUCCCGGCGGGGUACGUCGAGGACAAGUCCAAGGGGCCCAUGCUCCGUUUCCAGGACUCGCUGCCGCGCCUUCCUGUUCCAACGCUGGAGGAGACCGCUGCGCGGUAUCUCAAAUCCCUCAAGCCACUACUCACGCCCUCGGAGCUCGAGGCCAGCACCAAGGCGGUGCAGGAAUUCAUCGCCCCCAACGGCCCGGGCCGCAAGCUGCAGGAGAAGCUUGUUGCCCGGCGUGAAGACCCCAAGAUCAAGAACUGGAUGUACGAGUGGUGGAACGAUGCGGCCUACCUCAGCUAUCGCGACCCCGUGGUGCCCUAUGUCAGCUACUUCUACUCACACCGGGACGACCGGAGGCGGCGCGACCCCGCCAAGCGGGCGGCGGCCAUCACGACCGCAGCGCUCGAGUUCAAGAAGCAGGUGGAUGCAGGUACCCUCGAACCCGAAUACAUGAAGAAGUUGCCCAUCUGCAUGGACAGCUACAAGUGGAUGUUCAACGCCAGCCGGGUGCCUGCCAAGCCCGCCGACUACCCGGUCAAGUUCGACCACACGCAGAACAAGCACAUCCUGGUCAUCCGGAAGAACCACUUCUUCAAGGUUGCGCACGAGGUGGGCGGCAAGCAGCUCAACACAUCAGAACUCGAGCAUGCGUUCCUCCGGGUCUAUGAACUGGCUGGCGAGCGUGCGCCGGCUGUCGGUGCGUUGACCUCGGAGAAUCGCGAUGUGUGGACGGAUGCGCGGGCCGUGCUGCUGGCGGCCGACCCCUCCAACGCAAAGGCCCUCGAAGCUAUCGAUUCCGCCUCCUUCGUCAUCUGCUUGGAUGACGCUAAACCGGUCACACUCGAGGAGCGCGCGCACGCCUACUGGCACGGCGACGGCCAGAACCGGUGGUAUGACAAGCCGAUGCAGUGGAUUGUCAACGACAACGGGACGGCCGGUUUCAUGGGCGAGCACAGCAUGAUGGACGGCACCCCGACCCACCGAUGUAAUGACUACGUCUGCGAGGUCAUCUUCAACAACAAGCUUGACUUCUCCGACCCCAGCGUCCGGUCCAACCUUCCCGAGCCGCAGGAGAUCAAGUUCGUCGUGACCAAGGAGGUGCAGGCCGAGAUUGACCGCGCUGUGCGCGACUUCAACAACGUCAUCGGGCAGCACCAGCUGGCCGUGCAGGCCUACCAGGGUUACGGCAAGGGCCUGAUCAAGAAGUUCAAGUGCUCGCCGGACGCCUACGUGCAGAUGAUCAUCCAGCUGGCCUACUUUAAGAUGUACGGCAAGAACCGGCCGACCUACGAGUCCGCCGCGACCCGGCGCUUCCAGCAGGGGCGCACCGAGACGUGCCGCACCGUGUCGGAGGACAGCGUGGCGUGGUGCCGUGCCAUGGCGGACGAGAGCGUGGACAACAACACGCGCGCGGCGCUCUUCCGCAAGGCCAUCGACGCCCACCUCGAGUACAUCGGCGCCGCGUCGGACGGCAAGGGCGUCGACCGCCACCUGUUCGGCCUCAAGCGCCUGCUCGAGCCAGGCCAGGAACCCCCCGCGCUCUACAAGGACCCGGCCUACAGCUACUCGUCGUCGUGGUACCUGUCAACCAGCCAGCUGAGCUCCGAGUACUUCAACGGCUACGGGUGGAGCCAAGUCAUCGACGAGGGCUUUGGCAUUGCUUACAUGAUCAAUGAAAACAGCAUCAACUUCAACAUCGUCUCCAAGGGCCUGGGCAGCGACAAGAUGAGCUUCUACCUCAACGAGGCCGCUGGCGAUAUCCGUGACAUGAUGAUGCCCACGCUGGAGACGCCGAAGGCCAAGCUCUAAAACAGCUCGCCUUGUUAACGGGCGGCCGGUUAUUUCUUGGAUAGGGAUUUAGACGCGUGAUAGAUGUCAUCAUACUUAGCGGCGGCAUCCUUUCAAUCUGUCUUGUUAGAAGGAUAGGUUGCAUCCUCCUAUUUGCGACGCUCAGCAAAGAUGUCUUUUGCUCAUAGAGAGGCGUUGUAUAGCCACCUAGCUGUAUUUAUCAACUUGUACCAAUGGACU